GCGCUGCGCUGCUGCGCCGCGCUGCGCUGCGCUGCGCGGGGCUCCGCGCCUCCUUCCCCUCGGCGUGGCCGCGCCGCCGCCACCAUGUUGAGGAGGAUUUUGCAGCGGACUCCAGGCAGAAUUGGGUCUCAGAGCUCUGAUUCAGAUUCAUCUGCUGCACCAGGAAAUGCCGUGGACGUGAACAAUGAAGGCUCCUCUGAGGGCUUUAUUUGUCCUCUCUGUAUGAAGUCUCAUGGAUCAGCUGAGGAGCUGUUCAAGCACUAUGAAGCAGUUCAUGAUUCUGGCAUUGAUUCAACUCACGGAGGGGAAAGUCAUCUGUCACCGAACAGAGAUGAAGUAUCGCUGCUCCGACAAGAAGUCCAGGACUUGCAAGCUUCCCUAAAGGAGGAGAGAUGGUAUUCAGAAGAGCUGAAGAAAGAACUAGAAAAAUUGCAGGGGCAGCAGCAGCAAGAUUCUAAGUCUGAUGGAUUGACAGCAGCUACAUCUGCAGAAUCAUUAGAACAUCAACUAGAAGAGAUCCAAGUAGAAAAUUUUAAUAUUAAGCAAAUGAAAGACUUAUUUGAGCAGAAGGCAGCACAGCUAGCUACUGAAAUUGUGGAUCUUAAAGCAAAAUAUGAUGAAGAAAUCAGUCUUCGGGAAGGUGCAGAACAGAAAGUGACAAACCUGACACAAGAACUGCAGAAAGAGAGAAAUGCAGUAGAAGACUUAAAGACAGAACUGCUGCAAAGGCCUGGUCUGGAAGAUGUGGCUGUCCUGAAAAGGGAACUGGUCCAAGUUCAGACACUGAUGGACAAAAUGACUUUGGAGCGUGAGAGAGAAUCUGACAAGCUGAAAGAUGAAUGCAAGCAUUUGCAGGCAGAGCAGGCUAACUCAGAGGCUACGAUCAAUCAGUUAAGAGCUGAACUUGCCAAGGGACCUCAGGAGGUAGCUGUGUAUGUUCAGGAGCUGCAGAAACUUCGAAGUUCAGUCAAAGAGCUAGAACAGAAAAACCAGAGUCUGACAGAGAAGCUGCUGAAGAAAGAACUGGAUUACACCCAGCUAGAAGAAAAACAUAAUGAAGUAUCUGUAAGUAAAAAGAACGUGCAGGCAAGCUUUCACCAGAAGGACCUGGACUGCCAGCAGCUUCAGGCCAAGCUGUCUGCAUCUGAAGCCUCGAUGCAGAGAUUACAGACAGAGCUAGGUGAGAAGGCAGAAGCAAACCAAAAACUUAAAGAAGAAUUGUCAGAAGUAGAGACAAAGUACCAGCAUCUCAAGGCAGAAUGCAAACAGCUGCAGCAGCAGAGGGAGGAAAAAGAGCAGCAUGGACUGCAACUUCAAAAUGAACUUGGUCAGUUGCACAGUAAACUUCUAGAGACAGAGCGCCAGCUAGGGGAAGCACAUGGUCGGCUUAAGGAACAGAGGCAACUAUCUAGUGAAAAACUAAUGGACAAAGAACAGCAAGUGGCUGAUCUGCAAUUAAAGCUUUCUCGUGCUGAAGAGCAGCUAAAGGAAAAAGUGGCAAAUUCCACUGAAUUACAGCAUCAGUUAGAUAAAGCAAAACAGCAGCAUCAGGAGCAGCAGACACUUCAGCAAAAUACUACAGCAAAACUACGAGAAGCCCAGAAUGAUUUGGAGCAAGUACUACGACAAAUUGGAGAUAAGGACCAAAAAAUUCAAAAUCUUGAGGCUUUGCUUCAAAAGAGUAAGGAAAACAUCUCCUUGCUAGAAAAAGAAAGAGAGGAUUUAUAUGCAAAAAUUCAAGCUGGUGAAGGCGAAACUGCAGUUCUUAACCAGCUACAAGAGAAAAAUCAUGCGUUGCAAAUACAGGUAACUCAGCUGACAGAGAAGUUGAAAAAUCAGUCAGAAAGUCAUAAACAAGCCCAAGAGAAUUUGCAUGAGCAAGUGCAGGAGCAAAAGGCACAUCUAAGAGCUGCUCAAGACCGUGUGCUCUCACUGGAAUCAAACAUCACUGAACUAAAUAGCCAGCUAAAUGAAAGCAAAGAGAAAGUAUCACAACUUGAUAUGCAGGUAAAAGCGAAGACUGAAUUGCUACUUUCAGCAGAGGCAUCAAAAGCUGCUCAGAGAGCAGAUCUUCAGAAUCAUCUGGACACUGCCCAACAUGCACUUCAGGAUAAGCAACAGGAGUUAAAUAAGGUCAGCAUUCAGUUGGAUCAGGUUACAGCUAAGCUGAAUGAGAAGCAGGAGUACUGUGCUCAGCUGGAAGCCAAUAUCAAAGAGUACAAAGAGCAACAUCUUAAUUUAGAACAAAAAACUGAAGAGCUAGAGGGACAGCUUAAGAAAUUUGAAGCUGACAUUCUUGAUGCUAAAGCAAGCAAAGAACAAGCUCUUCAGGAGUUACAGCAGCAGCGACAGCAGUCUACAGAAUUAGGCCUCCGAACAGCAGAACUGAGUAAACAACUUGAAGCAGAAAGAGAAGCUGUCUCUUGUGUUAAAUUGGAGUUGCAGAAGAAAUCUGAGGCCCUUGAACAAGCAAAAAAGCAAAUUUCAAAGCAAGAGGAAGAAAAGACCAGCCUCAAACAAGACUUUGAGAAAUCAAAUCAAGAUACAAGUAAACAACUUAAGGAAUUAGACUGUAAAAUGCAAACAGCAACAUCAGAGCUCCAACAAAUGAAGUUAGAGAAGGAUACUCUAUUAAAGGAUCUUAUGGUUACCAAAGAAAAGCUCUCAAAAAGUACUGAAUCCUUUAGAAAAAGAAAGGAAGAAUUAGAAAAAGAAAUACAAAAAGGAAAAACAGCUGUGGCAGAAAUGGAAAAGUCAUACCAGGAAGUAAAACAUCAGCUCCAGGUACAAACAGAGUCUGUAGCUAAAGAAAGGAAUGAACUGAAAAACUCACUGGAAAAAAAGGAGGGGAUUUCUAAGCAAUUGUCGAUAGAACUUGAUUCAGCACGAGCGCAAGUACUGGAAGUUCAGGGUCUUCUGAAAGAGAAAGAAAAAAAUGAGCAGCAUCUCCAGGGAAAGCUGAGAGAACUGAAGGAAUCCUUUGAACAGAAGAAAAGGCAUAGUGAAACACUGCAGGCUGAAUUAAAAACUGCCCUUUUAGAAAAGGCAGAACUGGAGAAUAAACUGCAACAGCAGACAAUUUUGUCAGCACAGGAGCUUAAAGCAGAGAAAGGAAAACUAGCAGACUUGCAAAAGACCUAUGAAAAACAUCAGGAAAACAUGGAAAAACUUCAGCUGGAUCUUUAUGGGAAAGAGUCUGAGCUGUUGGCAACCAGACAAGACCUUAAGUCCACAGAAGAAAAACUUGCUCUGGCUCAAGAAGAAUUAGUUUCAAACAGAAAUCGAAUUGCUAGUAAUAACCAGCAGAUUCAGGAACUGAAGAAAGCGAGGGCUACACUGGAACAGGAUGCAUCAAAGAAGGACCAGCAGCUGGGCGAGAAGACCAAAAUGUUACAGGAUCUUCAGAGUGACAGGAUUUUGAAAGAAAAAGAUUUGGCUAAUGAAAAAUGUAAAACAACAGAGCUCCAGGAAAUAAGGAGUAGACUUGAAAAAGAAAGUGCCAAGCUGAGUGAAGAGCUUAGAAUCUGCAAGCAAGAAUUUGAGAAGGAGGUGACAAAUCUCAAAGAUGCAAAACAACUAUUAAUUCAACAGAAAUUAGAGCUGCAGGGCAAAGUAGAUAAUAUGAAUUUGGCACUAGAGCAGGAGAAAAAAACCCAACAAGCUAUCAAAGAUCAACUGAAAAAGAGAGAAGAAGAACUGAAGAAAGAAUGUGCUGAAAUUGAAGCUAAACUGAACAUGGAGCUAAAGGAAAAAGAAGAAGAAAACCGGAAACAUGAGGAAAAGGAGACGAAGCUCACCAUGCAGGUCACAGCUCUGAAUGAAAACUUGGCUACCAUGAAGAAAGAGUGGCAGAGCAGUCAGAGAAGAGUGAGCGAACUGGAAAAACAGACGGAUGAUUUACGUGGGGACAUAGCUGUCUUGGAAGCGACAGUGCAGAAUAAUCAGGAUGAGAGAAGAGCGUUGCUGGAGAGGUGUAUAAAAAGUGAGGGAGAAAUUGAAAAGCUUCAAACCAAACUUGUAGAAAUGAAGAAAAAGCUGGACAACACUACUGCUGCAAUGCAGGAACUAGGCCGAGAAAACCAGUCAUUACAGAUCAAACACACACAAGCUCUCAAUAGGAAAUGGGCAGAAGACAAUGAGGUACAGAAUUGUAUGGCCUGUGGGAAAGGCUUUUCAGUGACAGUGAGAAGGCAUCACUGUAGACAAUGUGGAAAUAUCUUUUGUGCUGAGUGCUCAGCAAAGAAUGCCUUAACUCCUUCUUCUAAGAAGCCUGUCCGGGUCUGUGAUACUUGCUUUAAUGACUUGCAAGGAUAGCUGGCUUAUCUUGAGUGACAAGGAAAUGUUACACUAAAGUUUAGAAUUUCUGUUGAUGCACUUCAUUCAGCACUCAGACUACUAUUCAGUUUGGACAAUGAUUGUAACACUUGGCAAAAUUUAGUAUAUUUUAAAAUGUUUAUUGAUACCAAGUAAAACUAUUGUAUUUUUUUGUGAGACAUGGGCUCAGAUCAUCCAUAGCUUAUUGCCACUUAUCCUGGAAAGAGCUUCUAUGUCUAGAUUAGAAGUACCCAGUUAUUUGUAAAUAAAGUUUAAACAGAGGAGUAACAAUGUAUUUUUUUAUCUUUUUUUGUUCAAGAGAAACAGCGUUUAUGUGAUACUGCAGUUUAUUCUUGUUUCCUUCAAAGAAAAAGGAAGAUGCAAAAAUAUGUGAGGAUUUUGUGUAUCAAAUGUUGCUGUAAUGGCAUAACUAAUUGUUGCACCUGAUUGCAUAUCUGAUGUUCUUUAUAAUCCCUUGUGAUUUUGUUUUCUUUCUUUAAUGAGGGUAAACAGCUGGACUCACCUCCAACUCAGAGUUUUGUCUGCCAACUUGGUACUUGUUACAAUAUCAGCACCUGCAUCCUUACCAACUACAGUACCUGGAUAUUGGAAUAUCUGUACACAUACUGUACUGCAUAAUUUCUUUGUGUGUGUGAGAGAAUAGAUAAGAACAAAUAUUGAGAGCAAGUUUAUCUGGCAUUGUAGGAAUAUUAUAUGAACUCUCUCAUGUUGACUGAUUUCACUUUUACAUAUUUGAUAAAUGGAACUUAAUAGUCAGAAAUUCUCAUAUGCAGGAAUUAGAAAGCAAAUAAACAAUACUCAUAGUAGCCUGUAUUCCAUCUGUCCCCCUGUCUGUACUCUGGAAGCCCAAAGAAGUCCUUAUUUUUCUAAGGAACAUGUAGAAAUUUCAUGCUAGGUAGCCAGCAUACUAAAACUUUCUGAGACUGCUGUAGUUUUUCUGACCUCUACUUUCAUCCCUUCCUCCAACUUUUGCUGGAGGAGGUUGAAUUCAUAUUGCCCCUAACAAACCUAAUUUUUCCACUGCUCCAUCUGAGCUUGUAUUGAUGAACUUUUCUUACCAGAGCAUCUUAAUUGGUAUGUUAGUUCUGUGAUUUAGUCUGCUCAGAAUGGUAGUGUGAAUCUCCUGCUACUGGCUUAGUUAUAAGCCAAACAGUUCUAGGAGUUUUAUAUGUAAGGCUUUAGACAUUUGUUCAUAUUUUCCUCUCUGUUCUUGCAACAGAGUUUUUUGCAGGGUUCAUCCAAACCUCUUUAUCUGAUUUACAUCCACUUGUUCUUCCUUGCCUACCUGUCUCUGACUUUUUCUCCUUUUGAAAUGGGUAUCUGGUACCACAAAACCAUUAGGGUUAUUUCUUCUGAGUUGAGGUUACUCCUUCAAAUAUUAAGGGAUUCUUUGUUAUGGAAAUCCUAAUAAAACCCCCACAACACAACCUUCUCUGUGUUAGAAUAUUAUGGCAAUUGCUCAAAGGGAAGGGCUGUAGCCCUUCUAUUAAUGACCAGGUUAAGGAAACCAAUUCUAUUGCAGUGAUGGAAGCUUAGCCGUCUUUAGGCAGGUAGUUUGCUUUUAUUUGUUGGCAGCUGUCUGUGUGAAUAGAGAGAGGAGACUUUUUUAUGAAAAAAUGCCUAAACCUGCCUAAAUCUCAAGUGAAAUGUUUACUUAAAUCCUUGUCCCCAGAUAUAAUGAUCUAUAUGCUUUAUAUCCUUUCCUAGUUUUCUUGCAUAAUUAUAAAUUUACAUCCAUUUUUUCUUCCUUAAAGGGAAGUUCUCUGUGAAUUACAUUUGUAUGUAUGAAAAGCCAACUGAAGUGCAAAGUGUAUUGCUGGUUCUUCUAACUGUGGCAAGGUUUGGAAUACAAGCAGGGUUUAUCUAAAAUACUUACCAGCAUUUCUGGUCAGGUACAGACUUGAGAAUUCCUCUAAAUAGCUGAAAGAACUCCAUAUGAACAGAGCCACUGAACUCAUUUCUCUUGGUCAGUUUGACUGUUAAGAAUAAGAAUUCUUUGAAUAGAAGAUGUGGGCAGAAUCUCUGCCUCUGGAAUUUGUAUUAUUUUUUUUAAGAGAACCCAGAGAGAUUGCUUUCAAGCCUUCCUUUGUCUUACACAUGACAUUAGAAAGCUGUGAAAGGUGAAGAUGUCAUACUCUUGCUCCAGAUGUACUCUGUUGUGUUGUCUAACACACAUGCUAGUGCUGCCUUGAGAGUGAAGGAGAAUCACAUGGAGCAGAAGCGGUUUUAAGAGGGAAGAGAGAACCAUCUCCAUGAUUACAUGAAGGGCAAAAUGCAUGAAACAGGGAAAGCUGGAAGUCUCUCUGGAGUCUCUUUUUUCUAAGGAAAAGAGACUCGCUUAUGUUCAGGCAAUGUGCCUUUGAUUUGGAAUGUUUGCAGGCUGAGAAGGCUCGGUACUAAAGCGGAAAUGGUAGAAGCUCAAAAGAGUUGUUCUUAAUUCAGUCUUUUGGGAUGCCUAUUAAGACAUCCCAAGUCUAUGUGAUGGCAGGCAAAGUCAUCUCGCUGAGCUGGUUGCUGAAGCAGUGUGGUUGGUUGGCUGCAGAACAACCUUCAGUCUGGAGCUCCCACCUUCAGUGACAAAGUCAGCUUGAUUUUUUUGAAGGUUGUUUUUUGCUGACCAUUUUAUAUGACCAUCUUUUUGAGGGAAUGAAAAUGCUUUUAAAGUGCAUUUUUAUAGAAAGAAAGACUGUUAAAAUAAGGAGGAACAGUGUUGGGAUAGAAGCUUUCAUCCUUGAGGUUUGAGUCUGCAGCAACAGUUGAAGAAUUUUGCAGCUUUGCAGUGGAGUAAAUUUAUGGCUCAGUUCCUAAGUUUUAUGCUCCUUCCUUUGUGCUCAUGUUCUUCAUGCUGCUCUGUAUUCAUUGACAAGUUGGUGGUAUAAUAGGCCAUAUAAUGCUCUCAGCCUGUCUGCCAGGCGAAAAGUUGUGCUCAAGCUCAGUGAAAUGACCUAUGAGAUACAUAAUAUGGUAUGCUAAAAGGAGAAAAGCUUUGAUAUAGUUCUGCCUGCAGAUUCUGAAUGUUUUGACAGGCUGUUGGCACGGAUAGGUUGUCAGUGGGAAUGAGGUUUAUUGUUGCAUCGCUUUGAAAAAUAAAUAAAAACCUAGCAAAAAGUCUGGUUGAUUUUACCACACUGAGUUAAAGGAGUCCAAGCAAAAUAGUCUAAUAUAUUGAUCUGCAGAUUGUGUAACCAGAAACAGAAAAAAAAUAAUAAAAUAGCCGAAGAGACUAGAACCUUGGGAAUGAGAUAAAAUUUGGUGGUGUCUUUUAACAGUCUUAAGCAGCAGGAACAAGACUGUUCUGAUUUCACUGAGGGAAAAGUCAUUGUAGAGCAAGAGGUGGAGAAAAAUGCUAAAACCAUUGCUUGAACCAGUGGGUGUGUAGGCUCCUCAAACUGCUUUUAUGAUUACUAGCCAUUACUGUGGCAUCAGGAAUGGGACAGUGAAGUGUGGGAUUUGUUACUGCAGCUGUGGCUUCAGUGUGUCCCACAAAGCGGACCAUCAGAAUCGCUGAGGAAGCAGAGUGUGAGCGACUGGCUGCUACGUGGACUGAGGCAAACUGCGGAGGCCAUCUGAACAGUCUAAAGGAUAUUCUUGUUGGGAGCGUCUUCCUGGAGAUACUGGAUCUCCUCUCAAAGAGGCAUGAUGUCCUCGGUUGUUGCUUCCAAAACACUAAAUCCUAUUGUUCUACUCCUGUCUCGUGCAGGUAGUACGUAGUUCUGUACUGCAAUUCCUAUGGAGACAUGUAGCAUUGCAGAGCUGAGUGGUGGGCUUCUGAUCUUAGCUGCAUAUGCUUCACUGUUAUUUCAUCUCCCCUUAUGUUCCGUCCCUUCCAAAAUCUUCACUUUUCUGCAAAGGCUGAAGAAAGAGGAUAAAAUUAAUGAGUCACAGUAGGAGAAGUUGCUGCCUGCAAAGAGCCAAAAGGAAUUUUUGGCUGCAACUUCCAACAGAGAUAAGAGGCUGUGGGUUUAGAGGGAGCUCAUUUUUCAGCUGGCUUUACUCUGGUGCUAGAGUCUGACUGUAGGGCACAAUGUGGGACUUUUUCCUCUGUUUUUGGAAGGUAAGGAGUAACCAAGUUGUCAUGGACUGUGGAGCAUCAGGUACACAAGAACAAUGAAUAACUUUUUGUUGCUUUUGGGGUGACAAGGGUUAUUUAUAAAUCCUUAUUGGAAAACCUUUCUUAGCGAAGCUGGAAGGGGUUUGGGACCUUGCCAUAUUUGUAUUACGUUAGUAAGAAAGAUUGAGUCUCAAAUACUAGAUUUAAGUAAGAGAAGUGCCCUUCUUAAAGAAGAGGGGAACUGGAAAACUCAAGUACUUUUCUAGACUUAAAUAUCUCUUAAAAGCAAAGUGUUUGCAAGCGCUUUUUGCAAAACUUAAAAAUUUAUGACCAGUACUUGAUGACUGACAGAAAACUACUGUUCAAACAGAAAAUAAACUGUGCCAAGAAGACCAAGCAAAACAUUUGGAAUGCUACUAUGGUUUGAGUAUGUUGAAGCCGAUAAAUUACUUCUCCCACUCUCGUAUAUCCUUGGAGGACUAGGGAACAACACUGUCAUUUGCACUGUGCACUUUUUGCUGUCCAACAUAACUGAAUAUGAUCUAGAGCUAGUGGAAUGACAUUGUAUGUAUAGCUAUAAUCAUUAGACAGAAGGUUUAUCUUUGGCUGAACUUUUCACUGAACUACAUCUGUCUCCUCAUAAUUCCUUUGUAGUGAAAGUAAGACCAUCAUCUGAGAGCACAUGUAACAACAGAAUUCAUGUAGUCACGCACGUGUUGUAUUUGUGGAGCUUCAUUUUAAAAUUUGAAAUAGAGUAUGUGAAUUGUGUGCAUUUGCAAAGUUCUUGCCAGUUGUCCAGUUUUAAAUUUUUGAAGUCUUGCCCCUCAGCAUCUCUUUAGAACAGGUUUACAAUUAAUGUGUAACCACAUUGUUUCUCCAGAAACAAUAAAUGAUUUACUUUCCAAAACCAGCAAUAAUAGGAUAGUAAAAUCCCCCCUCAGAAACUCAUUUUUGGGGUAUUUUUUUUUAGAUGCCAUUUCGGAUCACAGUAGUGAAGAGACUAGGUACUAGUUAGUGUAAUAAACUCUGCCUUUGUAGCGCACCACAUACUAUGCACUCACUGUGCAGCGGGUACAGGAGUACGUGCUCACUGGGUUAGGUAAAGUACAUUUGAAGAUUACUGAAAACCUACUAACCCUUUUUGGUACAACAUUACUGAGAAAGCAGAAGCCUGGUGAGGGUAUUUUCCAUUUUUUUCUUCCCCCUACAACCUUAGAUUAAAGACAAAUUCAUCUUUGCUUCCUGCAUUUUUUUGGGUGAAGAGGACUAGGAAGAGUGGCAUACAGAGAACAUAUUCAUGGUUAUAAGUCAACAGGCCAGUACUGGCAGGUCCAGGCUCCUGCUGUUGGCUUUGCUGCAGAGUGCUCCUGUUGUAUCACGCUAAAUCCCGAUCCCUAGCACAAAAGGGAUGUUUAAAAGAAUGUCUCACUGGAUUAGCAAAUAACAGAACUUUUUAUAGCAAUGUGUCCAAAAUGCUGCUUGUAUAGGAUUUGUCACUUUUGUAAGAAAAGAAAAAAAAAUUACAAAAAAAGUAUAACCACGCCAUUUGAUGCCGUUACAUACAAUUUUGUUUAAACUACCUCUCAGUGUGAAAUUCAACCAUUAGGUAAGUGUGAUAGGGUCUACUUACUGUCAUGUUAUGUAAAAGUUACAGUGAAAUGCCAAAUUGCAAGUGUUUAUCACCAAAAAGAAAAAAGUUAAGUCUUUUUGUAUGUGUUUGAAAGUAUACAGUAGUUUCAAGUUAUUGUAACCUCCAUAUUCUUUUAACCUCUGUUCGAUCCUGCAGACUCUAGCUGCUGGACAGGAAAUAAAUCACAACCACAAGCAUUUAUAAUCAUAGUCUACUAGGUAACAGUAAUUUUAUAUGCAGCUUUGUCAUUUGGCUAUAGAUAGCCUCACUCACCAAAUGAACCAUUAAUUUAGUCUGUUUUUUUUUUUAAUUUCUUCAGUACUCAAGAUAUGAACUUGAUGAAUGAUGUUCUGUUACGGAUGCGUGCUACAAAUUACAUUGUCUUAUUUGCCUCUUUUCUGAAUUUUAAUGAUCAGUUUAUUAUUGCAAAUGUGAAUAUUGCUCAUACAACUUAUUUUCUGUAUAAUUGUAUAAAUAUAUAAAUGGAAAAAGUUUUAAGUUCUUACCCAGUAUUUAGAGGUAAUGUAUUAUAAUAGCCUUAUGAUGCGGUUUUACUUACAGAAUGCUGCACUGCACUUCUUUUAAACUGGAUCAUACCAUCUUGGUAGUGGUAGAUAGAUUUUUGCAUGAUUUUUUUUUUAAUGAAGUUUGAUUCUUUAAAGUCCUAUUUUCAAUGUUUGUGUUUACUACUUGUGAUCAUGUAGUUGUGCCUUACAUUGUGAAAGAGUUUAGUCCAGUGCGCACUAUAAUUCUCUGCAGUUUGGAAGGUGGCUGUGGAUUUGGACAAGAAAAUGAACCAUGCAUCAACCAGUUCUGUAUAAAGAAUGAUGAAAUGUUAUGGAAAUGUAUUUUUUUGUUUUCUAAUCUGUUAAAGGAAUGAUGAAUGAAAAUAAAAAAGUUAGACCUUUCUAAUA